GUCCCUCGUCAUUCAUGAACCUGCCUCUGUAACAGUACAAACGCAUUGUCAUGUGACUGUAGUCCCGGUUAUCACUGUAUAUGCGGAAUUCUGGCAAGACCGGUCAACGGAGACGCAGGCUGCUGCCACGCUCAAGCGCCGACCGUUUGACAGAGAUUAAGCUUUUAGGUGCCAUUUUCAGGACAAGCGCUCCGUAAUGCGUGUCCAUGGUGUACCUUUCCAACCUGCUGCAAUGAGGUUCAAUGGCAUGGCGGGCGGCGAGAGGUCCUGGUUGCCGCAGGAGCCCAGGCAGGGACGACGGUGCAGGUGGGCCCCAGCAGCAGCACCUCACACACGCACGCCGACACGUCGAACACCGUCGCUCGCGGUGGUUUUGGGGCUGCUACUGGCUCUGGUGCCGGUUUGUUGCGGUAGAUUUGUCGCAAGGCACCAGGGGAUGCUGCCUCUGCCGCUGCCACUGGGUGCUUAUGAUGGCACCAGCAGCACUCAGCAGCGCGGGCUGUUGCAAGCAUCAGACCGGGCCGCGGGCGUGGAUGCCGCUGAGGUCGCGGCAGCGGCAGGAUACCCAAGUGCAGGGGCAGUGCUCGUGAGCACAGCGGCACAACUGGUGGCGGCGAUUGCGGACCCGGGCGUGCAGGUUGCGGUGUUGACGAGCAGUGUGUCACUGACGGAGGCGGACUGGGCGCCUGUGGCCCAGCCGGUGGUGGAGGUGCGGCGCAACCUCACGCUCCUGGGUGCCCACACGGACCCCGCCGCCUGGCCCAUCACCGACUUUGGAUACACCGCCCAUGUGGACGGAGUGGGCAUAGUACGGGAUGCCAAGGUGCGCCUUGCGCCGGGCUACACCCUCACGCUCCGACGCCUCGUGCUUCACGAGGCGCGUGAUCAGCCGCAAUUUCUGUUCAUGGGCCUGGACUUGCUCGCUGUCGAGUUGCCGCUGCCCAACAGCACUCUUGCAUCAGCCUGGCCGAUAGUGGUUCUGCGUGAGACGGCGCUGUGGCAGCGUAGCUGUCUACCGGUGUCCCAAAUGGGCCUCUCUGGCCGCACCAUCCCUCGCCCCUCCUUCGUGCCUGGUACGCAGAACAGCACCGGGACCUCGGUGCCACGACCGCCGGACUGCGUCAACAGCAGCACAGCCGCGCCCAUGGCGAGGUGUUGGCCGGCGCGCGGCAUCUACAAUGACAUGGCCAUGUACGCCUAUGAUCCGGACCCCUUCAACCGCCAGACGCCCGCGGGAUACGUCAUGCAGCUGGUCAACGCGCCGUACUGGUGUGACCAGUUGAUGACGGACGAAUGCGUCAAAACGAAUGGGGGCUACGUGGGCUGCUACUACAGCUUGUACCCGUACAGGCGCAGGAGUACCAACACCACCACAACUGGAAACUCCACAGCCGCCACCACCACAACCAGCGGCAACACAACUGACAACAGUACGCACGCCGCUUGGGCGCAGUCUGCAGCAAAUGGCAACGGCAGCUCGGGCGCCUCGGGCAUCCCGCUGGCACCGGUUCUAGGUGGCAUCUUGGGAGGCCUCGCUGGCCUCGCCUUGAUUGUUGCUGGGCUGUUCGUGGCUCGCGUUCACCGCCAGCGGCAGGCUCAGGGGCGAGGGGAUCCAAAAAGUAGCAGCCAGGAUCCGAGUGGCUCUACGUCUGCUGUGUCAGCCGCGCACGAGCAGAUUCUCCUGACGAAGGAGGGGCACUUCCAGGCCAACGGAUCCGCUUCUGCUGUCAGCAGGGCAGGACCCGUUGUAGUCAGCAUGGGCAGCGUGCAGAGCAGCGUCAUCAGUUCAGCGGCCGCACAGUUACUAAUAACAGCAGCGGGGAAUGACCCCAACGCGUACACGUCAGUGGGCAGUAAUGCCGCACGGGAAGCGGCUGCGUGCGAUAUGCCUCUGACCGGCAGGGCGCGGCUGGCAUCAAGCGGCGUCAGCGGCGGGGGAUAUAUAAAAGUGCUUGGAAGCGGUUGUGACGGCAUGUCAGGUCCACGAUCAGGGAGCGCCCCAGAGAUGACCUCCGGAACCACACAAAUUGUUCAUGUCCUUGGCGCAGACCCCGUGGAGCCCAGUAAUGAGGACGAGCUAGCGCUGGUUCCUGUGACGCCCCUGACGCCUUUCCAGUCUCACAUCCCGCUCGACGUUAAGCUGGGCUACGGCGGCGGCGAGGUGCGGCUGCUGCCCGUCACGCUGGGGAAAGGCGCGUGCGGGCGUGUGGUGCAGGGCGUGUGGUGCGGCCGGCGGGUGGCGGUGAAGCUGCUGCACCGGGGCCUCUUCAACGCAGCGGCGGCCGCGCACGGUGGCAGCGAUGCCGCUGCAUUGGGACCGGGGUCUCCAUCUCCAGCAGUAGCAGGCGCAGUGACAGUCAACAGCCGUGGCCUACUGGUGUCCCUAACGCAGCAUGGGCCAGGCGGAGGAGUGCCAGCAGCCGCCGCUGCCUUGCCCGCUGAUGGCGGCAGCGGCUGGCCUACCACAGCUGCCUUUAGCUUGAACGCAGCAGCCGCAGUCCGAGGCAGCAGCCCGUCGGAAAGGGAGGUCCCAGCGGCCGCGCCCUCGGCAGCGCAGCAAGACAGUAGCAGCCGGCACACGCAGUGUGGGCAUGAAGCCAGCAGUAAUCCGACGGCUGAGAACGGAGUGCUGGUGGCGGCGGCCGCGCGGCCAGGGGCUGCCGCCGCGGCGCUGACGGCGCUUGCAGCCACUCAGGCGCCCGCUGCGCUUUCCUCCGCGGCGUGGUGGGACGGGACGGACUUCGGACCCAGCGGUGUCACGACGCUGACGCCAAUGCAGCCAGCAGCAGGCGGCACGGCAACCGGUGGCUCUGCCUCUUGCAAUUCAACAACAUUGGGCUUUGCGCAAUCCUCGGAGCGGCAGGGCGUGCUGUCGCUGCUUCAGACAGCAACGCCAGGCGUGGCGGCGCAGUGCCUGCUGCUGCAGGACCGUGGACAAGGCGGUGAUGCAGCGCUGCUGGGGCAAGGGGCUGCAGCAGGAUGCACAGAAGCAGGAUUGAAACGCAACGACGGCGCCGUGCAGCUCAGCCCUGUGGAUGUGGGGCAAGGUACGCUACUGACACAGGAAUCCGAAGGGCUAAAGCCGCCGUCGCCAUUGGGUGGACAGGUAGCUGGCGCGAGAGAGGCAGAGCAGCAGGUGCCCAAGCACGCGAAUGCGGGUGACGCCAUGGCUUCAGCAGCGGCCUCGCCUGGAGCCUUCCGGCCGCUCAAGCUCGCACACAUUCGCAUGGGCGGCUCCUCAGUCCUCAACCCGCUCAGCAGCAAUGUGGCGGGGCGCAAUCAUCAAGGGCUGCACCUGCAGCAGCCACGCCUAGAACGCCAGCUGCUGUCUGACGCUCCUUCAAUGCCGCACGUCAGCAGCUUGGCAGGCGGCGCGGGAGAAGUAGCAGACACCGUGCGUGGCGGUGCGGUAGCUCAUGUCGGCUCUGGCGGGGACAGAACGCCACGGCAAUCGCCACAGCCGCUGCUGGAGCCACCGGCGGGGGAGAAGUGGUCCCCAGACGACACAGACGCCGGGGGGGAGGGCGUGGGCAAGACAGCGAACAGUGACGCCUCGGACACGUACGUAGAGCCAGAGGUGUCGACCCUGGACGCAGCAGGUGCUGUGCCGGUGGACCGGCUGCAAGCCAAGCCGUGGAUUCCCCUAACACACGGCGGCGCGAUCCGGCGCACCAUGGCUCAGGAGGUGGAGGUGUUGGCCCGGCUGCAGCACGCCAACAUCGUCCAGCUGCUGGCCGCGAACCUCAACCCCGCCUGCCCCUGCCUGGUGGUGGAGCUGAUGGACACUUCCCUCGACAAGGUCCUGUACGGCGGUGUGAGUGCGGCUGGCCCAGCGGCGCAGGCCGGCAGCGCUGGUGCAGGCGGCGGCUGCCUAUCGCCCCGCAGCCAGGCGCCGCUGCUGCCCCUGCCAAAGGUGCUUCACAUCGCGCUGCAGGUUGCGCGCGCACUGGCAUACCUGCACCCCACCAUCAUCCACAGGGACCUGAAGCCCGCCAACGUGCUGGUCUCAGACCCCGACAGCGCCUCUCCCGUCGUCAAGAUAGCGGACUUUGGCCUGUCGCGGCUUCAAGAUACGGUGCUCAUCACCGCUCACGUGGACGUGGGCACAGCGCCCUACAUGGCGCCGGAAGCACUUGACGCGCGCAACUGCGUCAUCACGCACCACUCCGACAUGUACUCGUACGGCAUCAUGCUGUACGAGAUGCUGGCGGGCGCGAGGCCGUGGAGGGGCAUGAACAUGCUGCAGAUUGCGGUGGCUGUGUGUGACAACAAGCAGCGGCCGCGUGUGGAGGACCUGGGCCAGGCGCGCUGCCCGCCGGGGCUUCGGGCCCUGGUGGCGCAGUGCUGGGACCCUGUGCCGGAGCGGCGGCCCAGUGCGGCGGAGGUGGCCAAGCAGCUGGCGAUUAUGAUGCAGCAGCUAAAGAUGUAGACUUUGGGUCCACAAAGCCGUAACAGCAGCAACGGCACUUGUGGAUCCAAGGUUUCCUUCAAGAGCAGGUCGGGUUGCGUAUGAAUCCGGAUAGCGGUGCGUGGCGCUUGCAGUGCAAAAACCAUACUCUAGUGGAUGGUAGGCCUCACUACUGACGUGUCGCGAUAAUGCCGACACAGCGGUGCUAACCCAGUCACGACUCACGAGGUGUGAAUGACGGCAGCUCCGUGUACGCGGUGACCCCAAAGCUGUGGCGCAGUACACGUACGUGCAUGGCAUUCACUGCACAUCCUGAAAGAUGGAGCCGUUUGACGUGUGUUCUUGGCACAGGGAUGCUCAUGUCAAGGUAGACUCAGUACGCACCAUUUAUCGACGAUGCUUCAAGGAAACGAAUGUGCAGGAUGCCAGAAUUGGUUGUCGGACACACACCACUCAACAAAAUGUUUGCACGCAAUGUAGUGUGUGUUUCUUUGAUGGCGCGAUGCAGAAGUGCCGCCCUUGCGGCGCAGCAAUAUCCAUAUCCAUGUAUGCUAUGCAACUCAAAGUGUCAGGAUGGUUUAGGUUGUGGGUCAUCGGUUGACGCCUUGUCGGAAGGCGGUCUGGAGUGAACAUGGACAGGAGGCGUGCCGUGUGUGCAUGGGCGCGCCAGGCGGGCGGGCCAGCCUCAGAAG